AAGAAGCGGAAGUGAAGCAGGUUUCCUGACGGAUCAGCGGUUAACAGCUUCAACCAGCAGCUACCCAGCAGUUCAACCAGUUUCCAGCAGGACCAGACCGCCGCACUGAAGAGUCACCAUGACAGCCGCUCCCUACAACUACUCCUACAUCUUCAAGUACAUCAUCAUCGGAGACAUGGGCGUCGGGAAGUCAUGUUUGCUUCAUCAGUUCACAGAGAAGAAAUUCAUGGCCGACUGUCCUCACACCAUCGGCGUGGAGUUUGGGACGAGGAUCAUGGAGGUCCACGGUCAGAAGGUGAAGCUGCAGAUCUGGGACACGGCGGGUCAGGAGCGCUUCAGGGCCGUCACCAGGUCCUACUACCGGGGGGCGGCGGGGGCCCUCAUGGUCUAUGACAUCACCAGGAGAAGUACCUACAACCACCUGAGCAGCUGGCUGACGGACGCCCGGAACCUGACCAACCCGAACACGGUGAUCAUCCUGAUCGGGAACAAGGCGGACCUGGAGGCUCAGAGGGACGUGACGUACGAAGAGGCCAAGCAGUUCGCCGAGGAGAAUGGUCUGCUGUUCCUGGAAGCCAGCGCCAAGACAGGAGAGAACGUGGAGGAGGCGUUCCUGGAGGCGGCCAAGAAGAUCUACCAGAACAUCCAGGACGGCAGUUUGGACCUGAACGCGGCCGAGUCCGGCGUCCAGCACAAGCCGUCGGCGCCGCAGGGCGGCCGGCUCAACGCCGACAGCCAGCCGGCCAAGGAGGGCUGCAGCUGCUAGCCUCAGAACCGGACCGGUACCGGACCUGACCCGACCUGAUCGGAACCGCCACACAACCGGUUCCAUCAGAACCCAAAUCACUGAUCCAAUCAGCUUCACUAAAUCAUGUCUCUGAUCCUCCUCUGGUACCAGAACCAGUCCAGCUCCGAGUCCGGACCCGGUCAGAACCCGAACCCCUCUCAGAACAAAAGACUAGGAUCCAAUCAGAACCACAGCCGGGUCACUAAGGACUCCAGCUGAACCCAGAAGGUUCUCCUCUUAAAAUCCUGAGACCCGGUCAGGACCGGUACCGGUCCACAUCCGGUCCUGUCCGGGUCAGAUCAGUCCACAAACAUCAGGUUGAGUCUGUCAGAUUCCAGGGACCCACCAGGAAAAUAGAACCGGGUCCCAAACCGGGCCGUCCAGAACCCAACACUCAGAACCAUAUGGAUCCAGGUCGGUCCAGAAUCCAGUUCAUGACCUUUAGAACCACAAAUUCUGGAUUUCCCGACCGGUUCCGGGUUUCUUUUGGUUCUGGUCUCGACCCGGGUUUGCCGACUCCAGAUGUUUCUCCAAUUUAAAAAUAAAAUGUCGUCGUCCUGGUUCUGAAAGUUCUGCGGCUAACCGGACUUUAUCUGAUCUGAUGAAAUUACUGCAAAAUUCUAGAAAUAAAAACCAGAUCAAUCUUAAAAGUGCGUCUCACUUCCAGAUGGGAAUCUGACCUUUGACCUGGUGCAGCUUUUCUGACCGAUUUCAGAUUAAAAUCGGACCCAGUUUCCCAUCAGGAACCGGUUCGGUUCUGAUCCAUCGCUCCAUUUUGACCCGGUUCUGAGCUGGUUCUGGUACCUCUCAGGUCCAGCUGUGCGUAUCCGGGGAACUCUCUGCUGAUUGGUGGACGCUCGGCUCCAUGUUUUUAUAACGCAGCUUCCUCCUCCUCCUCUUCCUCAGUCCAUCAGCAGAACAAUGAGAUCAUCUUCAUCCUCCUCCUCAUCAUCAUGAACUUCCUUCUUCCUUCUCAGCACUUUAAGUUUGUGAAGUUUGUCGGGACCAAAGAGUCGGAAGGUUUCUGGAAAGGUUCUGUUGGUUCUGCCGCCUUAAAGCUUCGCUCACCAAAGGAAAACAGAGAAGCAUGACAUGACUACACUAACCUCGUCCCGCCAGCAGGGGGCGCACAUCGACCGCCGCGCUCUGGCUGCAUCAUGAGCUGCACAUUUCUUCUUCUCUGUUUUUGAUUUUCUGUCUGCUAGCGCCUCCAUCCAGCUUCUCAUGAUUCUUUUAUUUAUAUGAAAUUGUUGUGAUUCUUCUUCAGCUGUCAUUAAACCGCGGGGACUCAGUUGUUAUUUGUAAAUAAAGUAUAAAUACUGUACGUUA